CAGAAUAUCGACUCGGAGUCUAAAUGCGUCCUGCAUCGGUCAUGGCGAUUUAGUGUUGUUCCUGCAGUGAGUCUUGUUUGGUUGUUUGUACUCGAACCGUCGUACAAGUCGCACGCACCUUUGCUCUCCGUUGAAAGAGUUAUUGCUACAGUUUGUCAAUAAAACAGAGAAGGGAUUUCCGUUGGAGGCGAAAGGGCAAUAACAGAACGGUUCGAUCGAGUAAAAGGUGCAUAGGAAGUGUUGCGCUCUAAACUAUUGCAUUUUCCUUGAGAGGUCGACGACGUCCAUCGUGACGUGAUGGAGUGACGGAUCGUUAUGGAUCUGGCCGAGACUGUUGACGAUCUGAUUUGCAUCUUCGACGGUAGCGGAGACACGACGAUGGACACUCUGGCGAUGUUCAUAUUCGGAUGGAUCCUGGUGGCGCUGUUCGUGCUCUGGCUGGGACGGCUCGUCUACAACAGGUUCAUCGUGAAGAGGAUCGAUAAGGUGACGGAACCUGCGGCAGUUUCUUCGGCCGUCGGCGUCGCGAAGACCACGGCCGACCUGGUGGACUCGAAGGUUGCCGUUUCUGGAGACGUCGACGCGACGAAGGCGUCGGCGAGCAGCGCGACUCCUGUCGUCAGGAGCGGAGCGCGGACCGUAGCGGCUACUCCUCCACUGAGGAGACGUCUGACUAGGCAGAGUCCGGCUCCGGAGCCCAAGAAGAAGUACAUUCCAGCGCCGACGACCACCGGCUCCGACAACGUCAGUGUUCUGUGGGUUAACGAUGUGUUUCAGUGGCUCUACAAUGAUAUGGUCAUUGUCAACGAGUUGCUGAACGUCUGGAUCCAGAGCCUCAACGCAUUCUGCAAGAAAUCCGUCGCUGUG